AAAAUAUUUAUGUCAGAAGAAGAAGCAGUCGAUUUUACUUUUAGCAGUUUAUUACCUACAGCAGAGAAGAUGAUGGUAUGGUUGACAUAUUCCUCUAUAUUUGGAUUAAUAUCUUUUCCAUUAAUUGCACUAACGAUAGAAAAAUAAUUGUAUUAAAAUAAUUUAUGUGAAGUGCUAUUCAUUUUUGGAUUCUGACUUUCCUUGAUGCUGGAUUGUUAUUAACAUUACUCUAUUUAAGAGGUCAAUUAAGUUAGAUGGAAAGAGAAAAGAAGGAGUUAACUCAAGAAGAGUCAAAAAAGUCAUAAAAGAAGAAGAAAUCGUAAGAGAAUGAAAAAGAUAAGGUAGCUUAGAAGGCGAAAAAGGAAUCAUAAAAACAUAAUUAAAAAAAUUUAAAUAAAACAAUAGGAAAAUAAAAAUAGUUCUAAUAAAGAAAAUGAUCUGUUUUUGU